AUGGUCGACUACCGCCUCCCGCCGCUAAGGCCGGGCUUAUCCACCUCCCCAUCGACCUACUCCCAUUCCCGACCCUACUCGCAUGAGCGAGACCGUGGUUCUACCGCCAGCGGCGACCUCGAGUCCAACCCCGCCGUCAGCCCAACGGCCUCAGUGUCCACACCGAAGAGCGAGUCCCGCCCCAUGUCCGCCGUGCUUGCCGCGCUUGCGAACGAGGACGUAGAGUACACUGGCAUCGUCCGUCCUCUCCGCGACGGCACCUACGACCGGAACGAUCGGUACCUUCCCCCGCUUGAGCGGCUGGCGCCCGGCUCAGCAGGACCAUCACGGGACUAUGGGCCGCUGACAACGCACGGGUGGGAGGAGAACUACCGCAGCGUGCAGCCACCAGACGUGCGGCGUGGUUCGGGUGAGAGCGACACCAAGCCGCGGCACUACGAGAGCAGCAACGGCGGGUCAGCAAAGGAUGCGGGUCCGAGCCGAGAUAACGGAAGGAAGAACGGGAACGAGACCAAAGACGCAGCAAGGCCCGCUCCUGCUUCCCCGGAGGCUACGCAGAAGAAGAAGAAGCGCAAGGUCAACCCCGCCAAGCCCAUGGAGCACAUCCCUGAGGGCGCCGAGGUCGAGUAUGAGCAGGAUGGGGAUCCUAUGCGUGGACCUGUUUUUGUGCAUCCGCCCAAGGACGCUGUACAGGCCGCGUGCACGAAGGCGGAUGUGCCUUGCGUGUUCGAGCUGAGUCCGGCAACGUCAACCUACGUGCACAAACUGAAGAAGGAGCAAUCCGACCUCCUCUCCGACCUCGAACUGGCACAAGCCCGCAUAGCGCAGCUGGAGAAGGAGCUGCACGACGGGCCAGUGUUCACGACUGCGCCGCCCUCCGCAGACUUCCCGCGACUAGCCCGCGACGCCUUGUCUCUCCGGGAACAUGCCCCCUCCACGAGCAAGACAGUGAAUCACAUCUCGGACCUACUCACGCACGAAGCGGCGCUGAAGGCGACGCACGACUACGUCGAGUUCUUCCAACUCGCCUACCCCAUGUUCAGCAAGGAAGACAUUGUGCCGCGUGUGCACGCGCUGUACGGCGAGCACGAUAAGCGCGACACGGAUCCGGACAAGGACAGGUGGAAGUUCAUCGUGCUCAUGAUCCUCGCCCUGGGGACCGCGUGCGCCGAGCGUCUCGGCGACGUGGCGCAUGCGGCCGGAAGGGGCGUCUUCGAGUUUGCGUGUCGGUAUAGAUCAAAGGCACUCGACAGGGAAGACUUAGCCCUGUUGCUGCUAGAGAUGUACGCGAUGGUGGACCCGUCAGCUGUGUCCUUGUGGCAGACACUCGGCCUCGCCGGCAGAGUCAUCGUCGCAAUCGGUCUGAACCGGCGUGCGGAGGCCACAAUCCCGAUCGAGGUGGCCGAGAAGCGUCGGCGCGUGUUCUACUCGUUCUUCAAUCUGGACCGAGUCGUUGCACCCGCCCUCGGUCGUCCAGUGACCAUCGAGGACCAGGACAUCGACAUUGACGAGCCGACGGAGCAGCCUGGCGAUGUGACAUACCGCCAGCUGCCGCACGUCGUGAUCACGAAGCAUUUGAUCCACUAUCGACGUCUGCUUGGCGAGGCACUCCGCGUCGCCUACAGCAUAAACGGGGAACAGAACAAGCUUCCCGAGCCAGAACGCAAGCAGCUCAUCCUCGACUUGCACGAGAAAUUCCAGCACUGGUACGACUCGACGCCGAGCUCAAAGGGCACGAUCCCGCGCACAAUCAACCACGCGCGCUGGUGGGAGGUGAACCUGAACCAGGCGCUGUGCAUGAUCUACCGCCCGUCACCGCUGUACCCGCAGCCGAACUCGUGGACGUUGCGCAACCUCUUUGUCGCCUCCUCCUCCUGCGUGGACCUGUACAUCGAGCUCUGGAAACUGAACAAGGUAGCCUUCAAUCUUGUCCAGAUCAUUGCGCUCUUCGUCGCGUGCAUCUCGCUGCUCUGCUGUCUCUGCGAGUGUGACAGCCGCAUGCGCGCCGCCGCGUCUCCAGCAGAACUCGAGACGAUCCUGAACGAGCUCGGUCUGAGCCGCUUCCGCAAUGGAGCCCAGGACGUCAAGUGGUUUGAGGAGAUUCGCAUCCGCGUCAAACAGUGCCAGGACCUGUUUGACGUGUUUGGGCGUGCGAUCCCGCUGUCAUCAAAGUAUCGGGACAUCUUCUCGCGCCUCUCUGAGGGGCUGCUGAUGAGGGAACGAGGCAACAGCCGCGAGCUCCAACAACAACAAGAGCGAGAGCGCGAGAGGGAGCGGGAGCAGCGCGAGAGCAACGAGCGAGGUACCGGUCCCGCUCCCUCCUCCGUCCCCACCACCGAUGCCCAAAGUACCGAGCCCAGCAGCGUGCUCACCGGCCUGCCGACGCCCACAGCCACGCUAGACUCGAUAGAGGGCGGCGACCUCUUCCCUGCCCCCGUGGUGCCCGGCGUCGUGUCCGACUUGCCCCUCCCCGUCCUGCCGGAUGAGGACAUGGACCUGGCCGGCGCCUGGGACGCGAUGGCGGCGCUCUGGGACCCGGCAGAGAUGUUUGGAGACCGGCUCGGCGACUGGCUGCCCACGGCCGAGACGGGGCAGGAGUGGUGGACGAAUAUUGGCCGAUAG